AUGGCAAAAGUAUUUCAAUCCGACUUCUUCAACUUUGAGUUCGUACGCGCAUUACAUGCCGCGCCGUUCGAAGCCGCAGAGAUCGGCGAGUGUUUUGAAGCUGCUGCAGACAUAAAGAAUGGUGAUCCGGAAAGUUGGUAUGCAGCAUGGCAGACUGCAGCAGAAAAGUCGGCAGCCUUGGCCGAAGAAGCACGAGCAGUAAAUGAUAGAGAAGCAGAAAGAUGGUGCCUGCUUAGGACCUGGAACUACCUGCGAGCAAGUGAAUCGCUUCUCCACAUCAACUCUUCGGAUCCAAGGUUACUCUCCGUUUCCGAAAAAGCUGUCGAGUAUUUUCAUCGAGGAAUUAGUCUCCUCGACAGCAAAGUUUUACACCUCGAAAUUCCGUUCGAGGAUUAUAAGCUUCCUGCGUACUUGUAUCUGCCAGCGAACAAUUGCCGAAUAACCGGCAAGACUCCAAUAAUAGUCCAUACUGCUGGUUUCGAUUCUUCACAAGAAGAGCUGUAUUUGUUUGUUGCUGCCGGUGCUAGGACUAGAGGCUAUGCAGUAUUGACCUUUGAGGGACCAGGUCAAGGGCUUGUUCUGCGCAAACAUGGAAAAACAAUGCGUCCAGAUUGGGAAGUAGUCACUUCAAAGGUUAUUGACUUUGUGUAUGAUCUUGUCAAAGAGAGCCCUGACUUGAAUCUUGAUCUUGAUAGGUUGGCUCUGACGGGAAAUUCGAUGGGAGGUUAUUUCGUGCUACGAGGGGCAACCGACCCACGUGUAAAAGCUUGCAUCAGCACAGAUGGAUUCUAUGAUGUUUGGCUCUUCACUGAAUCGCGACUACCGAAGUGGUUGGUAACAGGAUGGGAAUCUGGUUGGUUGAAAGAUUGGUUUAUAAAUGGUGUGAUCAAUGCUGGUGCUAAGCUCAAUUUUCAGCUGGCAUGGGAAUUCUACCAUUCAAUGUGGGUUUAUGGUGUCAAGUCCCCAGCCGAUGUGCUCCGCGAGUUCAAAAAUACACUCUGCGCCUUCCAAGUGGAGGAGAAUACCUGGGUGAUGUCAGAUGCCCCGUCAUGGUAA